UUGCCGGAGUGGGGUUUGUUUCCGGAAGUGCCCGCGUUUCUGCUGGGCCUGAGCCGAGGCCUGACCCGGCCCGCGGCUCUCGCUGCUGCUGCUGUCGCUGAAGCCCCGGAGCCAGCCAGCCGCAGGGAUGGAGAUAACCAGGAACAAUUUUAAGGACAACCUCAGCAAAGUUUAUGAAGCUAUUGAAGAUGCAGACUUUUUGGCUAUCGAUGGAGAGUUUUCAGGAAUUAGUGAUGGACCAUCUGUUAGUGCGUUAACGAAUGGCUUCGACACACCUGAAGAAAGGUAUCAAAAACUUAAAAAGCAUUCCAUGGAUUUCUUGCUGUUCCAGUUUGGCCUUUGCACUUUUAAAUACGAUCUCACAGAAUCUAAGUACGUUAUAAAAUCGUUUAAUUUCUACAUCUUCCCCAAACCUUUCAAUAGAACGUCGCCAGAUGUGAAGUUUGUCUGUCAGAGUUCAAGUAUAGACUUUUUAGCAAACCAGGGAUUUGAUUUUAAUAAAGUUUUUCGCAAUGGAAUCCCUUAUUUAAAUCAAGAGGAGGAAAGGCAGCUGCGGGAGCAAUAUGACGAAAGGCGAUCCCAAGCCAAUGGAGUGGGGGCCUUGUCGUACGUGUCCCCCAAUGCCUCAAAGUGCCCUGUGACCAUUCCAGAGGACCAGAAGAAGUUCAUUGAGAAAGUGGUAGAAAGGAUAGAAGACCUUCUGCAGAAGGAAGAGAGCACAAGUUUGGAGCUGGAACCAUGCACAGGAUUCCAGAGGAAACUAAUUUAUCAGACGCUGAACUGGAAGUUUCCGAAAGGCAUCCAUGUCGAAACUCAGGAAACGGAGAAGAAGGAAAGAUACAUUAUCAUUAGCAAAGUGGAUGAAGAGGAGCGAAAAAGGAGGGAGCGGCAGAAGCAAGUGAAGGAGCAGGAAGAACUCAAAGACGCGGUGGGGUUUUCCCGAGUCGUUCACGCUCUUGCAAAUUCUGGCAAGCUUGUGGUUGGGCACAACAUGUUGCUGGACGUCAUGCAUACCAUCCACCAGUUCUACUGCCCGCUACCUGAGGAUCUCGAUGAGUUUAAAGAACUGGCAACAUGUGUUUUUCCAAGGUUACUGGACACUAAGUUGAUGGCCAGCACUCAGCCGUUCAAGGAAAUCAUUAACAACACAUCCCUUGCAGAGCUGGAGAAGCGUGUAAAGGAGACUCCGUUCAGCCCUCCAAAAGUCGAAAGCGCAGAAGGAUUCCCGAGUUACGACACAGCUUCGGAGCAGCUUCACGAAGCAGGUUAUGACGCUUACAUCACAGGCCUGUGUUUCAUCUCCAUGGCCAAUUUCCUAGGUUCCUUUCUCAGCCCCCCGAAAAGUCACGUGUCUGCCAAAUCAAAGCUCAUUGAACCUUUUUUCAACAAACUGUUUCUGAUGCGGGUGAUGGACAUCCCAUAUCUCAACUUAGAAGGACCAGACCUGCAGCCAAAACGUGACCACGUUCUAUACGUUACGUUUCCCAAAGAGUGGAAGACGAGCGACCUUUACCAGCUUUUCAGUGCUUUUGGCAACAUUCAUGUUUCCUGGAUUGAUGAUACGUCAGCCUUUGUGUCGCUUAGCCAGCCCGAACAAGUACAGAUUGCCGUAAACACCAGCAAGUAUGCCGAAAGCUACAGAAUCCAGACCUAUGCAGAAUACGUGGAGAAGAAGCACGAGGAGAAGAGGCAGGGCAAGAGGAAAUGGACAGAAGAUGGUUGGAAGGAGUUGGAGGGAAAGAGGCUGAAAACACAGGCCACUCCGUACGUGCUUCAAAACCGGUACUACAACCCAAACAGUUUUUCAGCUACCAGCGCCGUGGGGAAGAGAAGCAUGAGCCCCAUUCAAGAGGAGAGUGGCUGUGACGAUGUGGAAGAGAGCGAAAUGCAGGAGGAGCCCCCAGACUCCUUUGGGGAGCCCUUGGAAGAGGGGAAGAAAAAAGCCAAGAAGUUCAAGAAAUCCAAAAGGGAACAUGCCCCAGCAGAAGAUCUCCAGGCCCCGCCCGCCCGGCUUUUCGACGUUCCAGACACGUGGUAGCAUCCGGCUACGACAUCAGCGCGAAGCGGACUCCUGGUUCGGACGAAUCUGCGGCCCCUCGCACCUCGGCCGGCCUGCCCUUUAUUUUAAAACGAAGCGGGGGGGGGGCCUUUAUAUAAUAUACACAAAUAAAAAGCAGGAUGUCUCUCGGCAAUCAGUUUAAUUUUUUUUAACGGAACAAUCAUCGUUGCCACCACUCCCCACCUCCGUACGUGUGUGCGUGUAACAUGUCGGUUUUGUUGCUUAACCCGAAAUCUUACUUUUUGCUUGUUGUAAAUGUUAGAAGACUGAGUGUUUGGUAUUGAUCACCUUUAAACGGCAUGUACCCUGUGAAAUUUGCAAAAAGAAGAACCUGUGUGUGUUGUAACUUUGCUCCAUCAAGGGGGAGGGGGUCUGUGAGACAGUUUAUACGCAAGUUGUCUUUAGUCCAGAUUUUCAGCUGUUGUUGCUACUUGGCCAGUAACAAAACACUUUCAGCCACUUAACUCCCUUUCAUUCCUCUCUUGCUAGGAUCUGCACCCCCACCCGCCCAUUUUCCUCCCCCAGCCCCUUAAAUUAACAUCCUUUGUCUUGUCUUUUUUUAAAAGGGGGGGGGGCACGAUUUUCCUCAACCUCACCUUUCGUUCGGGAAGUACUUGAGUGGUAUAUAGAGGUGGGAGGGGGGUUAUCCUUUUCCUGGUCCCUUUCCCUUAACUUUGUGGGCUGGUGUGAGUGUGUGUGUGUGUGUGCGCACACACACACACAAAAGGAAACCUGUGACAUUAACCAGCCUUAGUUUAAAAUACAAAACAAAAGAUCUGCUUUGGUAGAUUUCAUAAACUUUGUUUGAUAUUUAACAUUUUUGUAUCAUGGAAAUGAGAAUUGGGGGGGACGUAUUUCCAUAAAGUAAAAAUUAAAGAUUUUUUUUUCUUAGGA